UUGGGUUCAAGCGACAUGGCGUCUUCUUCUGAUGACGAGGCCGACACCAUGCUGGAAAAGAUCUCCACAUACUACUUCGAGGACCACGAGAAUGAGCCGGUCUCGUUCGCCGUCCUGCCGGCAAGGUGGGGCCAUGGGGAGUGCAGCAAGGACGCGGCGGCAGAGACAAUCUUCAUGCAUGGGACUUCCGAUAAUGGCCUCAGGAAGAUUUACAGAGAGGUCAAGUCAUGGAGGUUCGAUCUUGGUGGCUCGAUCCCUGAAGUGUGGGUGCUCUCCAAGGACAACACUUGUUUCAGGCUCGAUAAGCCAAGGAGGAGCUUUCAGGACACGAUCAGGACCGUGUUGAUCACACUGCACUGCCUGCACUACGCCAGGAAUCACCCAGACGCGUCCGGAGAAGCGCUGUGGGAGCACUUGGCUAGGACCUUGGGGUUCUAUCAGGUCCGGCCUUCUGCGAAGGAUUUGCAGGACCAUGUGGGUUUAAUUGAAGAGGCUAUAAGGUGGGACGAUGCAUUGGCGAAAUCCAAGGUUCUGAGAAAAUUAAUGGAAGAGAAGCCCUGGGAAAGGAGUAAUUUUGGCAAGAACGUUGCCAAAUCUAGUUUAAAUGUGGAUGAUCCUGAAGAUGUCGGGACAGAAGAUGUUCAAGAUGGGACCACUAAGGAUGAUGAUUGUUUUGAACACGUUUGUGCAUUAUGUGACGAUGGUGGUAACAUCUUGUGCUGUGUCGGAAAAUGUAUGAGGUCAUUUCAUGCUACUAAAGAAGACGGUGCACAGUCUCAUUGCGAUUCUCUUGGACUUUCACAGCCGGAAGUUGAUGCAAUGCCAACUUUUGAGUGUGAAAAUUGUAGACAUAACUUGCACCAGUGCUUUGCAUGCGGGAUGUUGGGCUUCUCUGAUAAGUCUUCUGAUCCUGAUGUCUUCCAAUGCGUUUCUGCUACUUGCGGCCUCUUCUACCAUCCCCAGUGUGUAGCAAAUUUGGUCCAUUGCACAGAUGAAGUUGCUGCAGAAAAACUUAAGCUAAGGAUUGCUGCAGGAGAAAGUUUCACGUGCCCUACACACAAAUGUUGUGUUUGCAAUCAAAUAGAAAACAAGAAGGAACGAGAUCUACAAUUUGCUGUGUGCAGACGAUGCCCCAAGUCUUACCACAGAAAAUGCUUGCCAAAGGAAAUUGUUUUCAAAGGUUCAGAUGAAGAUGCAAUAGCAAGGGCAUGGGAGGGACUACUACCCAAUCGCAUAUUAAUUUAUUGUUUAAAGCAUGAUAUUGUUGAAGAGAUUGAAACUCCAGCUCGAAACCACAUAAUAUUUCCUACUAUUCGGGCAAAUAGGGCUGCCAUUGGAGAGAAUAGGAAAAGACCAGUGUUGAAAUUACUCUCUACCAGAGGGAGAGGUUUAAAUAUUAAACCUAUUGCUUCAGAGGAGUCCUCGAAAAGAGCUUCAGAACAGUCGCUUGGAAAGGAGAAAUCUCCUUUCACAAAGAAAGAGGGUGAAAAAGACAAAAGCGUGAAAGUGUCAUUUGGACAAAGUAUAGCCAAGAAAGUUGAAGCGACAGAUUGGUCCAACAAAUUUCACAAGCAUACUGCCAAGUCCAGGUCUUUGGAGGCCACCAAAUCUUCUACCCUGAGGGAGCACACUAUUCUGGGUGGAAGGUUAUGUCCCUUCAUGACAAAGGAAUUUGGGAAAACAAAAUCAGGAAAACAAGUUGUACCAGAUAUUGGAGAGAGAAGAGCAGUGCAGCCUGCUUCCAAGAAGUCAGAUGACUCGCUUCAUGUGCUAGAUAGCGACACAGAGCUAGAUGGCGACACAGAGAGGAGGCUUUUGGAUCUAAUAAAAGAGGGUGAAUCUUCAAUAACUAUGGGAGAUGUUAGGAGAAAGCAGAAAGUGCCAUCUACUCAUGCCCAAUAUCUGAAGUCAACUGUCGAUAAGGAAAUUACUAUAGGGAAAGUGGCAGGUUCAGUUCAGGCUGCUCGAGCGGCUUUGCGGAGGCUAGAGGAAGGAGACAGCAAUGAAGAUGCAAAAGCUGUCUGUGACCCAGAUGUUCUAACCCAGAUAAUUAAGUGGAAGGACCAGCUUAGAGUAUAUCUUGCACCAUUCGUACAUGGUAACCGCUACACUUCCUAUGGUCGACAUUUUACGAAAGUGGAUAAGCUUCAAGAGAUUGUUGACAAGCUCCAUUGGUAUGUCCGGGAUGGAGACAUGAUUGUCGACUUCUGUUGUGGGGCUAAUGAUUUUAGCUGCUUAAUGGCAAGGAAGCUUGAAGAGACUGGAAAGAAGUGCUCUUACAAAAAUUAUGAUAUUAUUCCACCAAAGAAUAACUUCGAGUUUGAGCUAAAGGACUGGAUGACGGUCCAAUUAAAAGAGCUGGCUUCCGGGUCGAAAUUGAUCAUGGGGCUAAAUCCUCCUUUCGGAGUUAAAGCAGCUUUGGCGAACAAGUUCAUUGAUAAAGCUCUUGAAUUCAAACCAAAGCUCCUGAUUCUGAUUGUUCCAUCAGAAACUACAAGAUUAGAUGAGAAAAAGUUUCGGUAUGAUCUGGUGUGGGAAGACGAUCGGUUCUUGUCUGGAAAGUCAUUUUAUUUGCCAGGGUCUAUUGAUGUGAAGGACAAACGGAUGGAACAGUGGAACAAUAGGCCACCGUUGCUGUAUCUAUGGAGCCGUCGUGAUUGGACUGCCAAUCACGUGGCCAUAGCCCAAAAGCAGGGUCACUUGCCGGCGGAGAUGACCGGAUCACUGGAUCUUCAUUGUCUGAAAGAUGACAGGAGCCCCUGCUUCGUCGGUACUUCAUCGCUUGCAGGUGAUACCUCCAUGCCAAUGGGUAGGCCUAAAGAAACGAAAGGCACAGUCCGUGCAAAAUGCUAUAGGAGUAGCUUUCAAAGGAAACACUCCACGCGAAAGGCCGAUGGUAGCAGAACACUCGGAAGAGUAAUUGAUGAGAAGGAUCUACAUCGUUGUCCCUCACCCAAUUCGACGGAUGGAGAGUCUUAG